AUGUUGCAGAAGCAGCGCUCAGCUCAGCCCCUGAGUUUUCAGGUCCUCUGGGCAGCACGACACACCGUGGAGCUUGGCAAGGAGAAGGGUCUGAACGAGCCCAAAGCCCUGGCGCUUGUCCGGCACGUCAUCCUCAAGGUGGCGAAAGCCCAUGGCAUGUCGGAUGAUCAGGCUGCGGCAAUGGCAGACAUGGCCAUCGACCAGGUGGCGGAGAAGAUCUGCAUCACUCCAAAGUUAGAAGGAUACGAUGUGACUGAGGAGUCCCUGAACCAGACCGCUGCCUUUAGCGUCAAGGUAGCCUGCGCUCCUGGCUUUUAUGGCUCGCCAAAGGCGACAGUCUGCUCGAUUUCUGGUGCUCCGUACACGCUCCUGGGCUGCUUCCCGAUCGUUUGUUCUACUCCGAUCAGCAUGGAUGGAUAUCAGGUAACUGAGCUUUCCAGGGCAAUCUACCAGUGGAAUGUUUCUGCAGCUUGUGACGAUUUCUUCGCGGGCACGCCAAAGGUCACACCUUGUUCGGUGCACAACACUCCAUACGGACUGACUGGAUGUGUCGAAAAGCACUGCUCUACCUCGAAGAAAAUCAAGGGCCACGGUUAUGACGUGACAGAGGUCUCCACCAGCAUGCGUAGCUUCGAGAUCAACGUCAAAUGUCACGAGUCCUUCAAGGGCGACCCGACAGCACAUGUUUGCAAGAAGAUGAACGAGCCUUACGAACUUCACGGCUGUACACAUCGUGAGUACUGUAUCAGCCCUUCUGCUCAGAAGCAGGUUGGGUACGAAAUCAACGAAAUCGAUCUUGAAAUCCCUGGGUUUGUCGUGAAGGCUAGCUGCUCGAAGAACUACGUUGGCGAAGCACUGGUAGAAGAGUGCGAUGAUGAUGAUGGGGAGUACGUCCUGUCUGGCUGUGAGCCAAUGACAUGUGCAUCUCACAUGGCAUCUGCGCCGACGGGCUACACGAUCACAUCCGAGAACUUGGAGGUUCCGGACUUCCAAGUCGACGUCGAGUGUGCCUCUGGCUACAUGGGAGAUCCUGGUGCCACGGCUUGCUCCACUCAAAGCGGCUCCUACAGUGUCUCUGGCUGUGAACCGAAGAAGUGCGUUGCACCGAAGAGCAAGGUGGGCUACUCCAUUGUUAAGGAGGCUUCAUUGGACAUGCCCACGUUGGAUGUUUCCGUAGAAUGUGCAGACAAGUACAUGGGCACACCGGCGGCCGCUGCCUGCCCGGACCACCUUGGCGAGUAUGUCCUCUCGGGUUACGUCACCCAAGUGGAGUCGCUGCAGCGACCGACUUUCGCGGUAACCGCCAAAUGUGCCCGGCUUUACGAGGGUUCUCCUGUGGUGACAGCCUGUGCGCAGCAUGACCGGGUCUUCAACUUGUCCGGUUGCAAGCCUUCUGUUUGCUCCAGACCUCCAAACGUCAAGGCUUACACAAUUACUGAGGAGAAGUCCCUUGAGAUGCGCAGCUUCAAUGUGGACGUCAAAUGUGCUUUGAACUACACAGGAACUGCGAGUGUGACGGAUUGUUCCAAAGCCGACGAGCCCUACACCCUGCAUGGCUGCUUUCCCCAGCUUUGCACCAAGCCUUCGAAGGGUGCUACCGAGGGCUAUGUGGUCACAGAGAAGUCGCUGGAAAGGCCAAGCUUUGAUGUCUCCGCGACAUGUGCCGUGGACUACAUGGGAAGCCCGGUUGUCUCGGCCUGCAGUGGUCAUGACCUCCCCUUCACAGUGUCGGGCUGCAAGCCUGAGACCUGCACAGAGCCCACAGAUGCAGAGAAGGAGGGCUAUUCCAUCACUGUAGCCUCCUUGACCAGGCCCCACUUCAGUGUCGAAAUCGACUGUGCAGCCGGCUACACUGGGACCCCCAGUGUCACACGCUGCACCGCACACGGGAGGCCAUACACUUUCGGUGGCUGCCAUGAGAUUGAAUGCAGCACGGCCCAGACCUCUAAGGGUUUUGCCAUUGUCCACGAGUCCUCCCGGAGACUCACAAGCUGGAACGUCAGCGCCAAGUGUGCGGCCGGAUGGUACGGCGAAGUGGUCGUUGAGCCUUGCUCCGAGCAUAGGAAGCCUUUCACACUGUCGGGCUGCGCGCCCAUGGUCUGCACUUCCCUGAAAGACACUCCUCCAGAAGGGUAUGUGGUGAACGCGGAGUCGUCGCUCACAGUGCAUAGCUUCGGCGUGAAAGCCAGCUGUGCGCCAGGCUACCACGGAACAGCUCAGGUGGCUUCCUGCAGCUCGCACCAGACGGCUUACACUUUGACCGGGUGCCAUCCCAUUGUCUGCGCCUCCAUGGCACUGGCCCCACCCACUGGAUACAUCGUCAAGGCCGAGACUUCCUUGGAGCAGCUCAGCUUUGGAGUGAAGACCGAGUGUGCUGCCGGCUACUACGGCACUCCUGUGGCCAAGGCCUGCAAAAGCGAGGGGCUGCCGUACACCCUGGAAGGGUGCAGCGUGAAGGUCUGCAAAUCCCGCAUCGGCAAUGUGCCGCGAGACAUCGUUUUGGUCAAGGAAGGCUCUUUGGAGGUGCCGAGCUUCACCAUCAAUGCCCACUGCCAUCCCGGCUACAUGAACGAGUCUACCGUUCCCAAGGGCAAGAUCAGCGUGCGGCCUUGCACCAAGCACGGAGAGUAUUACAAGCUUGAGGGUUGCGAACAUGAAGUGUGCGAGUCCAUGAGCAAAGACCCUCCAACAGGCUACAAGGUCUUUGCCGAAGAGUCACUUCAAAUUACAACUUUCCAGGUGGACAUCGGCUGUGAUGAGGGUUACACUGGUUCUCCCAAGGUCGGCGUGUGCAAAAACCACGCGCUGCCUUACAGCUUCGCCGGUUGCCGGAAGAUCAUGUGCACCUCUCCGGUGCUGCCGGCUGGCCACCUUGUCGUUGAAAACGUAAAGACUCAGCUGGACUUCCAGGUGGAUGCCUCUUGCGCGGAUAAGUAUAUGGGCACGCCAAAGACUGUGGCUUGCCAAGAGGACGGCAAGCCCUAUGCUUUGGAUGGUUGUGUGCCAGAAGUCUGCAAUGCACCGGCGAGUACUGUGGGCUACACUGUGGUUGAAGGCUCUCUCGAGCGACCGAGCUUCCGGGUGACGGCCACAUGCGCUGCUGGCUUUUACGGCACUCCUGUGGUGGCGCCUUGCAUGGCACACCACGAGAGCUACAAGCUCUCUGGCUGCCAGCCAGAGCCUUGCAUUUCGCCAGAUGCUUCGGACACUGUGGCCUACAAGAUCAAAGAGGUUAGCCUUGAAGUCCCCACCUUCAACGUCUCGGCCACAUGCACGGACGAUGCGCUUGGGAAUGCUACUACCCAUGUUUGCGCGUCAAAGUACAGCAAGUACUCCGUGAAGGGUUGCUCCAUCCCCUUCUGCACAAAGCCAGCGGCCCCACAGCUCGUCGGCUACACCGUGGACAAGGAGACGUCGCUGAAGAUGCUGAAGUUGGAUGUGAAGGUGUCUUGCACGGAGAACUACACGGGCGCCGCUUCGGUGAAGACCUGCCCCGGGCACGGCACGGCGUAUUCCGUCGAUGGCUGCGUACCUUUCAAGUGUACGUCGGCCGCCCGAAGCAGUGAAGAUGGCUUAAUUGUCUUUGAGAAAUCCCUGCAAAAGCUGGACUUCGAGGUCCAUGCAGACUGCGAGGACGGUUUUGGGGGCAAGCCAGAAGUCAAGAUCUGUGAGGCUCACAACACGUCAUACACAAUCGGCGGAUGCACCAAGCAAUUCUGUGCUUCACCAGUCGGGGAUGAUACUGCAGGCUAUGUCAUCACAGAGAGCAACUUGCAUCGGGCGCCCAACAUGUUCAGCGUCACAGCGAAGUGUGCCGCGGGCUACUUCGGCACUCCCAAGGUGAGCGUUUGCAAGGGCCCGAAUCUACCAUAUGCCAUCGAGGGUUGUGAGCCUGUGGAGUGCAAGUCGCCACGAAACCUCACCAGCAGCGGCUACAUGGUGUUCGAGAAUUCGAAGCAGCUGCCAGACUUCAACGUGAAGGCAGAGUGCCUCGACAAGUUCCUCGGCACGCCCAAGGUCACCCCCUGCGAGUCCCACGAGGAGGUCUACAACCUCACCGGUUGCGAACCAGCGAAGUGUGUUAUGCCUAGCAAGGAGGAGCUACAGGCUUAUGACUUGGAGGUGAAGUCCCUCGAGAGGCCCUUCUUCAGUGUUGUGCCACGGUGCAAGUACCGUCCCAACGGGAAAGUCACGGAGGGGAAGGUGACUGCUUGCUCCAACCACCUCGAGCCCUUCAAGGUGGAGGGUUGUUUCCUGCAGUGCAACUCCACCUCCUUGGGUGUGGAGCAGGGCUACAUCGUGCAUGAGAAGAACCUCCUGAUGCCUGACUUCGAUGUGGAGGUGUCCUGUGCCCCAGACUAUGUCGGGAAGCCUGUCGUCAGCGCCUGCUCGAAGCCACUGACGACCUACAGCGUUUCGGGCUGCAGGCCGAUGAAGUGCAUUGCACCCACUGCAGAGGCCAAAAAGGACUAUGUGGUGAAGGAGACGUCCCUUGAGAAGCCAACUUUCGGAGUGUCGGCCACAUGUCUGAAGGGAGGCAUGGCCGGGGAGGUUGUCCCUUGCAUCUUCGACGGAGAACCCUACACGCUGAAGGGUUGCGACGAGGCCUCCUGUGAGUCUCCCGAUCGCACGCAGGAAACCGGCUACACAGUGUACGAGAAGGACCGGCACUUCCGAUCCUUCAAGGUCUCUGCCGAUUGUUCCGCAGGAUUUAUGGGACUUGGGGUGGUCCACCGCUGCACCCAGCCCGGAGAAGCUUUCACCCUCACGGGCUGCGAGCCGAAGACUUGCAAAGCUCCCAUCGGAAUCGAGAAGACGGAUUAUGACCUCACAGAGUCUUCCUUGGAUAUCCCGACCUUCAAAGUGGGCGUGAGGUGCAAGUAUGGAGGGACCGGCACCGCGAAAGUGUGUACCGACCAUGACCAUGCGUACACCCUGAAGGGUUGUGCGCCUCCAGUCUGCGCAACACCUGCAGAGACAGAAGGCUACGUUGUGACCGAGAACUCCAGGCUCAUGCGCGAGUUCCAGGUCUCAGCAAAAUGUGCCGCAGGAUACAUUGGCAAGCCUGUGGCCACCGAGUGCAUCGAGCACGACAGGCCCUACGGCUUAGCCGGUUGCGUACCUGUGAAGUGUACGACGCCGGACGCAGACUCUCUGGUGAACUACCUGGUCACGGAGACGUCCUUGGAGCUACCGAGCUAUGACGUCACUGCGCGGUGUGCUGAUGUCGGCACUCCAGCGAAGUCCAUCGCUUGCAAGAAGGAUGGGCAGCCUUACGCACUGACGAGAUGCAAGCAGCACUGCACCAAGCCAGACGUUAUCCCCAAGGGGCAUGCGGUGACAGAGAGCAACCUUCUGAUUUCCGUUUUCGACGUGAAAGUCGAAUGUGGCCAGGGCUACACGGGUGUGCCUAUUGUGACUCAGUGCACUUUGGCCGGUGAGCCCUACUCGGUCUCAGGCUGCGCGCCCGAGAAGUGUGCGAUACCGCCGGACGAGAUUAGCCACAAGUACGAGAUCAAGGUGAACUCACUUGAACGCCCAAGCUUUGAUGUAGAGGUGCAGUGCAAGGGAGGGCAAACCAGCACUCCCAAAGCGUCAGCCUGUGAUGGAGAUGGCAAGCCGUUUGGGCUGGAAGGUUGCAUGGGACUGCAGUGCACAUCUCCGAAAGGAGGGGUGAGCGACGGCUAUGUUGUGUACGAGGGGUCCAUCAUGUCCAACUCCUUCAACGUGCAAGCAUCCUGUGCGAAAGGCUACACUGGGCAUGCCAAAGCCUCCGCGUGCACAGUUGAUGAAGGGCCCUACACUUUGUCCGGCUGCAAGCCCAAGACAUGCAAGGCUCCAACGUACAUACACCAGGAGCACGUGCAAUAUGAGGUGACGGAGCGAUCACUGGAGAUGCCCAGCUUCAGCGUGGGUGUUCGUUGCAAGGGUGAGAAGGCUGGCAUCCCGAAGGCCAUUCAGUGCGAGGAGGACGGCCAACCCUACCGGCUGGAGGGGUGUAAGCCUCUGGAGUGUUUGUCGCCAAAGGCGAAGAAGGACGACGGAUAUGUCGUGUAUGAGGGAUCUCGACAAACGAACCACUUCGAGGUGACAGCGCGCUGUGCCCAAGGCUACAAGGGCCAUGCCAAGGUCGAAAUGUGUGCCGAGGACCAGACGCCGUACAUCCUGUCUGGAUGUGAACCCAUGAAAUGCGUAGAGCCGCGUGAAGUCGAGAUGACAUCCUAUGACCUCACAGUGCAUUCGCUGGAACUCCCCAGCUUCAGUGUCUCUGCUAGAUGCAAGACCCAUCAGAAGAAGGGUGAGGUGGUUCGAGCAGUCCCGUGCAAAGAUGAUGGUGAUGAAUUCACCCUGGAGGGAUGUGUUCCCGGACAGUGCACUUCUCCGAGCAACGCAGCGAGUGGGGGCUAUGUGGUGUACGAAGCAUCGAUGAUCGUGAAUUCCUUCGAUGUGACGGCGAAGUGCGCCGCUGGAUACAAAGGCAAGGCAUCGGUGGCCGUAUGCAAGGACGUCGACGAGCCAUACUCUCUAGGUGGCUGCGAGCCAGAGAAAUGCACAGAGCCGACCGCUCGUGAUAUGGAGGGAUACGACCUGACGGUCUUCUCACUGGAGCGGCCCAGCUUCAGCGUCGGUCUCAAGUGCACCAGUGGAAUUGGCCAUGGCAAAGCCAAAGAAUGUACAAAGGACGGCGAGCCCUACACGCUGGAGGGCUGUUACAUCGGUGAGUGCGCUUCCCCGAGAGAGGACUUGGGCCACGGAUACAUCGUGUAUGAGCAGUCGAAGAUGCGUCACAACUUCGAAGUGACAGCCGAGUGUGCAAAGGGCUACAGGGGCUUCGCGAAAGUCACGGAGUGCUCGAAAGCAGACGAGCCUUAUAACUUGACUGGCUGCGUCCCUGAGACCUGCGUGGAACCGAGUGUGGAAGACUCUGCAAACUACGACUACUCCAUCUUCUCUUUGAAGAGGCCCUCCUUUAGUGUGACAGCUCGAUGCAAGCACGGCUUCCUCAACGCAACAGCCAGCGAGUGUGCCUACGACGGUGGGCCCUUUGUGCUGCAGGGCUGCAAGGAUGCAUGUGCCUCUCCCAAGCGAGCGGCGGACGAUGGCUACACUGUGGUGGAAAAGAAGCUCGUGAUGGACGAGUUCACAGUCGAUGCCCUGUGCAUGCCGGAUUACAAGGGCACUGCAAAAGUUGCGAAGUGUCCUUCGGCCAGACAGCCUUAUGUUCUAAGUGGCUGUGAGCCCAAGAAGUGUGUACUUCCCAGCGCCGAAGAUCGGGCCGCGUAUGCCUUGACUAUCUACAGCACGGAUGCCCCCUCCUUCAGCGUUACGGCGAGAUGCAAGAAUGGAGUUGGGACUGGCAAGGCCAAGAAGUGCUCCGAAGAUGGCCAAGCCUUCAUCCUGGAGGGCUGCCCUUCCUUGUGCACUUCUCCAAAGAAGACCGCAGAUGAGGGCUAUGUCGUGUUUGAGAGGUCCAUGUUGAGGAAGCAGUUUGACGUCGGUGCAAUCUGCGCUGAUGGCUACAAGGGCAACGCCACCGUGACAAAAUGCAAAACAGCAAACGAACCGUACAGCGUGGGCGGCUGUGAGCCAGAAAAGUGCAUAGAGCCAAGCUCAACGGAGAAGGCCAACUACAACAUCGUCACUUAUUCACUAGAGCGACCAUCGUUCAGUGUCACAGCCAGAUGUAAGAAUGGGAAAGGCACUGGCAAGGCCAUACCGUGCAGUGGUGACAAUAUGCCCUACAAACUGGAGGGAUGUGGCGCCAUCAGCGGUUGA